GAGAGUUUACGUCAGUUCGACCAGAAUGAGAAUUUUCACGUAUAUCUUCUUGUUACCUACCAUAUUAGUGGUUUUCUGUGCUGUGAACUUCGCUGAAGGCGGGAAAUUUGGGGAGUGGUUAAGGAAGAAAGGACUCAUCGUAUGCGAAAGAGGUGCUCCAAAAUUUAGUGGCGUCCCUCCCGUCGUUCGCAUGCUGCCGCCUAAAAUACUCAAAUAGAAACUUAAACCAUUGGGACAUC